CCACACCUUACCAAAAGAGACAGAAUUUUUCAUAGUUCACGACGAUGAGAAAUUCCAAGUGUCUUUUAAACCCAAUAUGAAUAGCCCCAAUCAGCUGGUGUAUUGCAGACAUACUUUUCGAGACCCAAACUUCCAACGCUCGAAAAUGAACAACAAAAAGAUGAGUGACUUGAAAUUUUAUCAUGUUCAUUGGAACGAAUUUAUUGCCCUGUCUUAUGAUAAUCUACAAAUUUCAGGCAUUUGCAAGACAUGGGCACCUUUGGAAAAAAAAAUCAGUGAGCUGUUGUGGUUUGGUUAUGCCAUUAGGCACAUCAUUAAUUUGCUACCAAUAGCGAUAACAGCUGCUGGAUUGAUCUUACUAGCAGCUUUCCAACAUCAUUCUAUUUCGUGCCCCUGCAGUUGAGAGCCUGUGAUGGAGUCUGGUCAUGCUAUGCGUGGUUCCAAUGCUGAACUGCUUCAAGGUCCUCUUCUUCAAAGAAAGUGGUUGAACCACUGCUACUGGCACUGCAAUGAAUACACAAGUUUCAGACGGCGAUCUGGAUGGGUGAGCCAGAGGAGACGCUGCAACGAGAGUCAACCAAGUGAGAAGGUUGCAUCUUGGGACGGCUACAAGCCUUGGGACGGCUACAAGCCUUGGGACGGCUGCAUCAUUGGGCCUCAAGCAGCAGUUUGGGUCUCGUGUCCUCUCUUUCUUCAGACCACAGUUCCUGUGUCCACACUCUCUUCAAGCAUAAGUUGCAUCUUGGGAAGGCUGCAUCAUUCGACCUCAAGCAGCAGUUUGGGUCUCGUGUCCUCUCAUUCUUCAGACCACAGUUCCUGUGUCCACACUCUCUUCAAGCUGCAAUUGCAUCUUGGGAAGGCUGCAUCAUUCGACCUCAAGCAGCAGUUUGGGUCUCGUGUCCUCUCAUUCUUCAGACCACAGUUCCUGUGUCCACACUCUCUUCAAGCUGCAGUGAACUAA